AUGACCUCCCUAGAAUACACGAAAUUUUCACAUGACCCGGUCAACGGUAUCCCUGUCUUUAUAAGCCUCGAGCAUUCUAAUCUCACCACGCUCGAAGUCAUUAUGAAGCUGCUGGGGUUCUUGACCGUCUUAUUUUCCGUAUGGCAGCCCUCAUACGGUACGACAGCGCACAAGGACACGGAUAUGAUCACAACGACCAGCGGCCGCCUUCGAGGGAUCACGGAGGGUGGAGUCUCAUCUUUCAAGGGCGUCAGAUUUGGCCUUGCGCCUACAGGUUCCCUUCGCUGGCGUCCCCCGGUCGCCUUUCAAUCUUCCGCGGUUCAAGACGCAACGAAGCUAGGGCCUUCUUGUGUCCAGCAAUUCCCGUUUGCCAGCGCCAACUUGACACAGCUCCUGUAUAACACUCCCCCUCCACCAGAAGACGAGGAUUGCUUGUUCCUCAAUGUUUGGGUGCCGUCGCCUAUCACUACUUCAGAACUGAAACCAGUGGUUAUUUGGAUAUACGGAGGAGGCUUUGUCUUCGGAACCGGUUCCCUUCGGAUGUACGAUGGUGCUUCCAUGGCCAAAAAUCAGGACAUAGUCGUGGUCAACUUCAACUACCGCACUAACGUCUUUGGCUUCCCCGCAUCUCCCGACUUACCCCUUACCGAGAACAAUAUUGGUCUUCUAGAUCAAGAGCUCGUUCUGAAUUGGGUCCAAGAAAACAUCAUUCAUUUUGGAGGGGAUCCGGAUCAGGUCACGAUUAUGGGCCACUCUGCUGGGAGCGAGUCGGUAGGAGUUGCGAUAAACAGAAAUCAAACGGGAUUCAGAGCGGCAAUUAUGUUUUCUGGUGCUCCACUCAGUCCUGCCGAUCUACCUCCCAACUUUAUGCUGUUCAACGACUUCGCGAGCGCGAUGAACUGCACGCAGUCUCCUGGACCUGACCGGCUCGCCUGUUUGAGGCAAAUCCCUGCCACCGUUAUCAGAAACUUUACGAAUGGGCCUUCUAGUGGGCAGUUUGGCGUGGUUGUUGACAAUCUCACGCAUUUCGGAGAUACGCCAGGAAGGAUCCUCGCACACAAAACCAGACGCACACCUCUCAUGAUCGGCAAUGCUCAAAAUGAUUCGUCAUUCUUGACCUUGGGUAUUACAAACCUCACCGAAGUGUUACAGUCUACUCUUCCGGGCGUUCCUGUUUCUGCUGACCAGAUCCGGGCGUUGUAUCCUGGCAAAAACGAUAGUCGAGUUAUCGAAGCUUUUUCAACGGAUAUAGGUUUUCGAUGUCCGAACUCUAUCUGGGGUGCUACCAUGGUGAGAUCGGGAGUCAAGAAUGUGUUUCGGUAUACUUAUGGGGCCGUAUUCCCCGACACUCAGCUAUUCCCCAAUGCAGGCGCUUGGCAUGGAUCCGAAUUGGAAGUUGUCUUCGGGACUUUCAAUCGGACAACAUCGAGUAACGACAAGGCAGUGUUGUCGAGGUCUCUUCAAGCUGCCAUUGGAAACUUUGUAAAGAACCCUACUAGUCGUUCUCCAGCAUCCAACUGGAACGAAUAUGAUCCUGCUCGGAAGACGUUGGCGGAGUUGGCGUUCAAUGGUAAUGUGGAUGCUGGGAGUUUUGUUAGUCCUGUGACGAGUGAUGUCGAGGACGGGGCGUGCAAUGCCUUUAUAGAUGCGAUACUGAGUCCAGGCACGUAG